UUUUUUAUUUGCGCCACUUUUUUUCAGGUGCGAUAUACGAAGUAUAAGAAACCUGCAUCAGUCUUUUCUAGCAUAAAUGUCGAUUGUCUCAGUGAGGGUGCAUCAAAGAAGCCUUCGAAAUGUGCGUUUUAUGUCUAAUCGAGUUACCCCUGCCAUAUGUAUAUGUGCAUGUAUGUGUGCCGGGGCUCGUUUCUUCUCUUGAUAAUCAUUACAACGUGAACGUUCGCGGUGACCGUUACGCGAUAUUUACGCCUGUUUGUUCACUAAAAUUACACGCAACGUCAAAUUCUCAACGCGGUUUUAUAAUUAAAGUCACUCAAAAAUCAUGGAGGUACUAAUAGAUUGUUAUUUCGACAGACUGUUCUCAGAAAUGGAACGCAGUUGCUUAGCCUCGCGAUACAAACGUCGCGAGCUAGUAAAUUAUUUCACGGAUGUGAUAAACAGUUGUGCGGAAGCGGAAAAUCUCGACAAGCAGGACGUGUGCGAGAGAAUCGUUCUCUCGGCUCUGCGCUAUCACAAUAUCACGAUGAUGGACAACGGAUCGAUCUGUCUGCUCGGCAAGUUCCACAACGUACUGUACGUAGCGGCAAAGCUCUGCUACGACUGGGAUAUCAGCGACAACGUGAUCGUCAGCCGACUGCUGAACGACAUAUUCUAUUGCGAGAAGACGUUCGAGCGACUGCUCGUCGGGGCGAUCUUCGGCACGCGCGUGACGCAUUUCCUGUCCGGCUGGAAGUGCGAUUUCGACGAUCGCGAGGAGAAUAUCCGGGCUCUGGUGUACUUCUUGGAUCACGCGAUUAGCGGCCGGCUGGAGUACCGUUGCGAGUCCUCGCCGAUAAAGAGACGCUUCAUCGACGUGCCCAUGGAGUCGUACGGACAGGUUCUGCCUCUGAGGGUCGCCGUCCAACACGGCGCGCCGGACAUCCUGUUGAUCAUGCUGCGCUACGGCGCGUCGAUCGAGUCCGACAAACUGGCCCCGUCGCCGAUGGAGAUUAUUUUGACGAAACUCAACGAGUACGAGGCGCAGCCCGGCCAGGAGGAAAUCGUUUACCCGGAACAUUUGCUCACGUGCCUCAGGCUGCUACUGCGAACCGUGACCGCCGCCUGUGUCAGAACUCCCGAUCACGUCGCCGCUCGCAGCGGUAUCUUCAGCGUGUCGUUGCACGAGCGAUAUCCCGAGCUGGCGAACCGGAAUCUGAUACCACCGGAACGUAGCGGAAUUCGUCCGGCGGAACUCAGGCAUCUGUGCCGUUGCCGAAUCCGCGAGACCCUCCACAGCAAUUGGGCACUGCCUCACGGGAUCAAGAAACUGCAGAUUCCAGAAUCCCUGAGAAACUAUCUGGAUCUGUUGCAAGACUGACGGAAAAUCUUAUUCGUGAUCGUGGGAUGAUUAGCAGACCGUUUUUCUUUUGUUUCCAGCAUCUCGGAAUAUUUUAUCAUACAAUCGUACGUAAUUUCUCCGAAUUUCACUGUGAUUCGAUAAAAUCUGUGCUUUCUGCCGAUUCGAUUCUGCUGAAUUCAACAAAUGCGCAUCGAAGUUACCGUGUAAGUUUGAAUCUUGAUUUAGAGUUCGGCGAAGCGUAGAGAGAGUGAAGCGAAACUAUGACGAAGACUUUGAUAGAUACGAAUCCUAUAUAUAUUUAUGUAAAUGUAUGUCAGACCUCACGCGGAAUUUUUGAUCUACGAGAGCGAAAUCGCGCGAGACGCUUAAGUAGGUCUAAGGUCUAAGGUUUGAGAAAAAGUCAAGUUCACGGAAGGUCGAGUGACAGCGUCUUAGAAUGGCGUUAUGCUAAUUGAAUCUUGGGAAUUAGAGAAAUACUUUGUGAAGGUUACUCGCACUCUCGUGAUGCGAGUACCAGAAACAUUCGAGAAUAACGGAAAGUAUGUCGUGAGACAAUGUAAUGUGUAAGCGGUUCGGGAAACCGAAGUUGCGAUCCGUUAGCAACUUUCUUCAGUUUCUGAGUGGCACCGAAUGAAAAAGAGAGUACGGCAAAAGCAAUCCUAAAUAUAAAUUAUAAAAUAUAGUUACAAAAGUAGAAGUAAUUAAAUUUUUAAUUUAUUUUAUCACAUAAAGUAAUUUAUAUAAAGUACCUCGCUCAAAAAAGGAGUGUUUUAAUUUUAAUGUAUUAAAAUGUUUGAUUUUUGUUUACGUUUUCUAACUACUUAAAAAUAUUUCAAUUUUCAAAUGGUAUUUAAAUUUCAGACACUAAAACGUUUACAGCUAUUAACA